GGCUUAUAAAAUGGCUCUUCGAAUUGAAAAGGAAAAUGUGCAAAUUCUUAGAGAUUUGUCACUUUUACAAAUUCAAUUGCGUGAUUUGGAAGGAUAUCGAGAUUCUCGUUAUCAAUUACUUGUUUUAAAACCAUCAAAAAUGAGUUGGAUUGGUUAUGCUUCUGCUUAUCAUUUAUUGAAGGAAUAUGAUGUUGCUUUAUAUAUUCUUGGUGAAUUCAAGAAGAAUAAUAGGGCUCCUGCAAAAAUCGAUAUUGAAAGCAGCGAGAUUAUUCUCUAUGAAAUUAUGAUACUUACAGAAGCUGGACGUUUUGGCGAAGCCUUGGCGCGUUUAGAAGAAAAUUCCACUUCUAUAUUGGAUCGACUUGCUUAUUUUGAGAUUAGAGCGUCUUUACUAAUAAAUUUGGAACGUUGUGAGGAUGCUGAAAGAGUUUAUUGGACAUUAAUUGAUAGGAAUCCUGAUAAUAUUUUUUAUUAUAAACAAAUUGAGAAAUGUCGGAAAUUGGAUAAUACCCAACAAAAUAAUCAAGACCUCAUUACUUUAUAUGAUACAAUAAUUCUCCAACGUCCUAAAGCUUCUCUUCCAAAAUUAAUUUAUUUGUUAUAUGUUGAUGGUCCAAUUUUUGAGGAAAAAGUUCGUACUUAUUUAAUUACUUGUUUUCGAAAAGGAAUUCCUUCUCUUUUUAAAAAUCUUUUGACGCUUUAUGAUAAUCAACAAAAGGUCAAAACUAUCGAAAGAAUUCUUUUGGAUUUUGUUUACAAAUUUGAAGAAAACGGGUAUAAUCGAUUCUCUUUGGAUGGCUCAAAUCUUCCCGAAUGUCCAACAACCGUUUUGUGGACUUAUUACUAUUUGGCUCAACAUUUUGAUAGAUUAAAAAAUUACCAAAAAGCGCUUAAAUAUAUUGAUGAAGCUUUAAAACAUACUCCAACAUUAAUUGAAUUAUAUAUGGCUAAAGCUAAAAUUUUUAAGCAUUCCGGUGACUAUACGGCAGCAGCCGAUUUAAUGUUAUCUGCACAAGAAUUGGAUACUGCAGAUCGUUAUUUAAAUAGUAAAUGUGCCAAAUAUUUGUUGAGAGAUUGUCGUAUAAAAGAAGCUGAAGAAAUGUGUUCAAAAUUUACUCGUGAGGGAAUGAGUGCAAAUGAUAGUAUGAUAGAAAUGCAGUAAGCAUUAAAAUUUUCUUUAUGUUCCCAAAAGUCUUUAAAAAUUUGUUGAGGUGUCGGUUCGGAAACGAACUGAAGGGCCGAUGAUUUUUCGACUCGGUUUCGGAUAUC